AAGUAUGCCUUACAGUGAGGGGCCUCCUCGGCGUAGCACAUGGGAAUAUUUUCGACAAGGAACAUAUAAUAAAGGCCAAGACACUCGAGGUGCUCCAUCGAAUUCUGCUACAAUGUCAUGUCUCCUGUUACCGAGAUCAUCACGCUCAUCAGCAACCAUGCGAUGAAGACGACUUCCAACUUCCAGGAAGUCCUUGAGCUCUUGCGCCAGCCUACUAUUGAAGGCAUUCAAAAGAUGUACUGGGGUGACCGCGUCCAGCAGCCCGGGGUUAGGCAGUGGUUCAUCAAUUGGGACCGCCGUUCUCAGGGGUCAGAGUCGACGGCCGCAACAAUGGCACAGGUCAAAGAGAAGCUUGACGCGAUCAUCGAAUCCCCACCGACGUGCAGGCUCGUCGCUUUCAAUCCCUUUCUGCCUACCAAAUGCUUUGCCGCGCCGUUCACAGAAGUCAUCAUCAGCACCAUAAAGCCUGAAACGGACCUGAACGCAUUCAACAAGGUAGUUGACGAAUUGUUGGAAGUGUGCCAUGACUUUGAGGGAUGCUACGGAACGGCGUGGGGAUACGUCGUUGAUGCAAGUGAAGUAGUGCUGUUGGUAGGAUGGGAAAGUCCAGAGGUGAGUGCGCGUAAUCUAGAAAGUGUGAAACGAUCCCCAUCUUGUCUCCCGCUUUCUAUACAACUAGCGUCUACUUUGUAACUCCUUGAGUUUGACUA